UGUGUGUGUGUGUGUCCGUGCGUGCGUGUGCAUAUAUAUUACACACAUACAAAUGCAAUUUCCAUGAAGGAUACAGUCUUUUUUGCUCCACAGAUAGCUGUUGUGCUGACUGUCCUGCAGUUCAUCCCCGCCGUCUGCACUGAAGAUGAAUUUGAGUACAAAGUUCUGCCUCCUGUGUACAACAUAGGCGAACCCCCCGCCACCCCUGUCUUCUACCCACCCCCUCAACCCCUUAGCCCCUCCAUUUCUCCAGAGCCCAUCCAGCCCACACCACAGCCUCCUCCCACACCAAAACCCACCCAGCCUACACCACAACCUUCCCCCACACCAGAGCUCACAGUGCCUACGGUCAAAACUUCCCCCACAUCUAAACCCACACUGCCACCAACCAAUCCCCCAGCCACCCCUCACCCACCCAAGACUCGCCGCCGAAAGCCCCACACUACGCCCCUGCCAACCCUUCCCCCAGCGUCACCCAAGCCUCAACACCCCGCCAGCGUCCCCGCCCGCAAGCACAAACCAACGAGAAAGUCGGUGGUCUACAAGCCAGUGAAUAAUGAGGAGCCCAAGCGCUACACCUUCAAGUACGACGUGGAAGAAGAAGGCGCUCAGUACACCCAUUCGGAGGCCUCUGACGGCAAUUCUGUCAGCGGCUUCUUCCGACUGCGUCUCCCCAACAACCACCACCACGACUUCACCUACGUUGCUGGGUGAUCUAGAGGCGCCUACGGUUCCGGAUCGGUGUUUACUGCCAUCUAAGUCACUUGUAUCAUCCCACAACGUUUCUUCUAGUCAUUAUCCUAUAUGCGCCUUCUGUUCUCAUCACUUCCUCACCAGCAUCAUUUCAGU